AUGAGUGUGGAUCUGGCUUCUCCCCAAAGCCCGCCUUGCCCCAAAGCAUCCAAUUCCAGGGAACCUUCACCAGUGCCUGAGAUUUCUGGGCCUGAAGAACAUUAUGCAUCCUUGCAAAUGUCACCUGCUGAGACACCCCACACGGAGACUGUCUCUCCUCUUCCUUCCUCCAUGGAUCUGCUUAUGCAGAACAGCCCUGAUUCUUCCACCAGUCCCAGCGUAACACUACCUACUUCUGUAGAAAAAACCGUGAAGGAGGAAAGGAAGGUCCAGGUCAAGAAACAGAAGAUCAGAACCGUCUUCUCACAGGCCCAACUCGGUAUACUCAAUGAGAGAUUUCAGAGACAGAAAUAUCUCAGCCUCCAGCAGAUGCAAGAACUUUCCAAAAUUCUGAACCUUAGCUACAAACAGAUUAAGACCUGGUUUCAGAACCAGAGGAUGAAAUGUAAGAGGUGGCAGAAAUACAACUGGCCAGAGAACAGCGACUGUAUGACUCGGAAGAGCUCAGCAACUGCAGAGUACCCAGGCCUGUCUUCCUGUCACCAGGGAUGCCUGGUGAACACUUCUGGAAACUUUUCAGUGUGGAGCAACCAGACCUGCAAUAACCCAACUUGGAACAACCAAUCUUGGAGCUACCAUUCCUGGAACAGUCAGACCUGGUGCCCCCCAGCCUGGAAUAACCAGUCUUGGAACAACCAGGCCUGGAACAAUCAGUUCUACGGCUGUGGGGAGGAAGCCCUGCUGCCCCAGAUCCAGUUCCAGCAAAAUCGACCUGUCAGUGAUUUGGAGGCCGCUUUGGAAACUGCUGGGGAAAGCUAUGAGGUGAUGCAGCAAAACCCUAGGUAUUAUAGUACCCAGCAAAUCAUGGAUUUGUUCCCAAAUUACUCCAUGAACAUACAGCCUGACGCUAUGUGA